AUGAAACACACAAACCACAGCCAUCAGAACCCAGCCUCCUUCCUGCUCAUGGGAAUUCCUGGCCUGGAGUCAUCCUACUUUGGGAUUGCAUUUCCCUUCUGUGCCACAUAUGCCCUGGCAGUACUCGGCAACAUGGCAGUGCUGCUGGUGGUGCACUCAGAGCCUGCACUGCACCAGCCUACGUACCUAUUCCUAUGCAUGCUGUCCACCAUUGACCUGGUGCUCUGCACCUCCACUGUGCCCAAGCUCCUAGCACUCUUUUGGGCAAAUGCUGCCGAGAUUGCCUUUGGGGCUUGUGCUGCCCAGAUGUUCUUUAUCCAUGGCUUCUCAACUGCAGAAUCUGGCAUCCUGCUAGCAAUGGCCUUUGACCGCUACUUGGCCAUCUGUCGGCCAUUGCACUAUGGGUCAUUCGCCCCAGGGACUGUGAGCAAGCUGGUGGCUGCUGCUAUGCUUCGUGGCCUGGUGCUCAUGACCCCACUCACCUGCUUACGGGCACAGUUGAGCUACUGUAGCCCAGUGGUGGCCCACUCCCUCUGUGAGCAUAUGGCAGUGGUAAAGCUGGUUUGUGGGGACACAAAGGCAAACAAUAUCUAUGGCAUCACUGCCGCCACACUGGUGGUGGGCACUGACUCCAUCUGCAUCGCUGUCUCCUACACAUUCAUCCUGCGGGUUGUGUUAGGCCUUUCCUCCAAGGAGGCAAGGGCCAAGACCUUUGGCACUUGUGGCUCCCACCUGGGUGUCAUCCUGCUCUUCUACACACCGGGACUCUUCUCAUUCUACACACAAUGUUUUGGCCAACAUGUGUCCCGGCAUAUCCACAUCCUCCUGGCUGACCUCUACCUCAUAGUGCCACCCAUCCUUAACCCCAUCAUCUGUGGCAUGAAGACCAAGCAGAUCCGGAACGGGACCCUCCUACUGCUGAAAUGGGGCCCUGCUCAGUCAUAA